UCUUGUUCAGUAUGAGGCUCUGUCUGUGGAUCAAGGAAUGUGGUACAAAAUAUCAUGGUUUUGAAAAAUUGAGCUAUUGAUCUCCUUCAGAUUUUUUGGAGGGCCACUUUCCUGCUGAGUGUAGCUCCAAAACACCCUGCUGGAAGUCUAGUAACGUUGGUCAUCAAGCCCUUGAUUAGCUGGCUCAGGUGUGUUUAAUUAGGGUUGGAGCUAAACUCGACUGACCUUGACACCCCUGGGGUUUCAAGUGAAAGAAUUGCUAUAUUUUGUUAAUAUGAACCAUAGACUAAAAACAAGUUUGAUGUGGAUAUUUUAAACAAACUGUUCAAAAGAGUCGAUUCACAUAAAUGAGUCAGAUUCGUGUGAGUGAGGAACACAAUCGACAUCAUCCAAGAGCGACUAAAGGAGGCGUGAUUCGUAUGCGACGCAUCUCGCGCAUGUCUACUGUUGAACCAAGGCAGAAGGUUUAAAGAAAGAUUAAUAGCUCAAUCGUUCAAAACCAUUUGAUACACAGACAGAGCCUAACUGCGUGCCCAAGAGGGGUGAGACUGAAAUUUUGUAAUAAUUUUAAUGAGAUCUGAAAACAUUGCUUUAGUUAACUGUCUCGGUAACGCACUACAAUAACUUGUAGUAAUUCGUGACCUUGCAUUCAACAUGUAUCACAACAGCUCUCAGAAGAAAUUCUGGACUUACGAGAAAGAGGAAAACCUGGAUAAAUUAAGACUAGAAGCUAAUCGGAAGUUUUGUUUAAAAGGCAUGUCUAGUGGUAAGCCUGGAAUAAAUGAAUCCAUGUUUCUUGAUGAACAAGAAGAGAAAGUGCUUUUCAGACACUAUGAAAAUAGACUGCUAGAAUUCUGCGCCAUGUUCAAGCCUAUGAUGCCUAAAACUGUUGUGGGCACAGCUUGCAUGUAUUUUCGAAGAUUCUAUUUGAACAACUCUUUAAUGGAGUAUCACCCUCGGACAAUAAUGUUGACCUGUGCAUAUCUGUCGUGUAAAGUGGAUGAGUUUAAUGUGUCCUGCACUCAGUUUGUGGGGAACCUUCCGGAGAGCCCUGCAGGACAGGAGAGGGCUCUAGAACAGAUUCUGGAGUAUGAGCUGCUGCUCAUCCAGCAGCUCAGUUUUCACCUUGUUGUUCACAAUCCUUAUCGGCCCUUGGAGGGCUUUCUAAUUGAUCUGAAGACCAGAUACCCAUUGUUAGAAAACCCAGAGAUGCUGAGAAAGAGUGCAGAAGACUUCCUCCACAGAGCAGCAAUGACGGAUGCCGGGCUCCUCUUCUCUCCGUCUCAGAUCGGCCUCACUGCCGUCCUCAACAGUGCUGCACGUGCUGGCCUCAAGAUGGAGGCAUAUUUGACCGAAUGCAUGGGGCUUAAGGAGGAUAAAGAGACCCUCUCAAAGAUGUAUGAGUCAAUGAGACGAAUAACUAGUCUUAUUAAAGCAUAUGAGCUUCCCAGAGCUGAGGAGGUCAAUACCUGCAAACAGAAACUGGAAAGGAUUCAUGCUGAAUUUGCCACAAACUUGAAAAGAAAACAUGGAUAUGAAGAUGAUGAUCACGUCGUGAAAAGGCAGAUGGUUGCUGAGGAAGAGUGGACUGAUGAGGAUUUGGAUGCAUUGUGAUGAUGAAAUAGUUUUUUUAAAUUGGCAACAUCCUCAACAGUUAUUUCAUUGAACAGUUUUGAGUUAUUCCUAUUGCCAUCAGUGACGGAGGAUGCAAUUGUCAAACUAGAUUUGUAAAUAUUUCAGCAAAAGUCUUCUGUAAAAAUAAAAAAAAUAUUUUUUUAUUGUUCACAA